AUAAUAAUAUAAAGUUAUAGAGACACACAAAUGAGCAAAAGAAAAGGGUCGCACGUGAUCAAACAGGCACAGUCUCUCCCCGUCUUGUUUUUCGGUUUUCCCGUCCACUGUACAUUCACUCCGAACAUCUCCGAUAAACAAAAUGAGAGUGAUAUCUCUUCUCUUCCUCUCCCUUCUCCUCCGCUUCACCGCCGGCGACUUUCCGGCGCCGGCGAUGAACUUAUUGAACUCCUUGAUGCCCUCCGAUGCCGUGGCUCUGCUCUCCUUCAAGUCCACCGCCGACCUCGACAACAAGCUCUUCUACUCCCUCACUGAGCGCUACGACUACUGUCAAUGGCGCGGCGUCAAGUGCGCUCAGGGCCGCAUCGUCCGCCUCGUCCUCGCUGGCGUCGGCCUCCGCGGCUUCUUCUCUCCAGCCACUCUCAGUCGCCUUGACCAGCUCCGAGUUCUCAGCCUUGAGAACAACUCUCUAUUCGGUCCGGUUCCCGAUCUCUCCCCUCUCGUCAACCUCAAAUCGCUCUUCCUCAGCCGGAAUGGAUUCUCUGGAACUUUCCCUCCCUCGGUUCUCUUGCUCCUUCGGUUGACAGUGCUCGACCUCUCGUAUAACAACUUCACUGGUUUGAUACCGUCCGAGAUCAAUGCUCUGGACCGGCUGAAUUCCCUGAAUCUCGAGUUCAAUCAGUUCAAUGGAACUCUGCCGCCGCUGAAUCAGUCGUUUCUGAUGACCUUCAACAUUUCCCAUAACGAUCUCACUGGAGCCGUCCCGGUGACGCAGACUCUGUCGCGCUUCGACGCGUCGGCGUUCUGGUUUAACCCCGGGCUCUGUGGAGAGAUAAUCAACCGAGCCUGCGUUUCGCGUUCUCCGUUCUUCGGUUCGACGAACUCCACUUCACCAUCGUCGCAUGCCCCGCUCGGGCAAAGCGCGCAGGCGCAGAAAGGUGGGGUGGUGGUUCUUCCGCCGGUGGCUCCUGCGAAGAAGAAGAAUGGAGGCGGUUUAGUGCUCGGUUUCACCAUAGGCGUGGCGUCGCUGAUGGUUCUCGGUCUCGGCCUCGUCGUGUUCUCGCUGGUGAUGAAGAAACGGAGAGAUGAAGACGACGGAAUUUACGAACCGAACCCGAAAGGAGAAUCGUCCGCCCAAGUACAAAUCCAGUCUCCGAACACACGAAGCAUUCCAAUAUCGAAUUCAAAUUUCGAAACGCAGAAAAGGGGAGAGAAAGUAGAGGAGAAGCCUCAAGCCAUAGAGCCGCAUAACCGGAUCCCAAGGAGCGGGAAUAUGGUGUUCUGCGGCGGCGGAGAAACAGGGCAAGGCGUGUACACCCUCGAGCAGCUGAUGCGAGCGUCGGCGGAGCUGCUAGGAAGAGGAUCGGUGGGGACGACGUACAAGGCGGUGCUCGACAGCCAGCUGAUCGUGACGGUGAAGAGGUUCGACCCGGCCCAUACGGCGGAGAGGAGCGACGAAGAAGCGUUCGACAACCACAUGGACAUUGUUAGAGGACUCAUGCACCCGAAUCUGGUGCCGAUUAGGGCUUAUUUCCGAUCCAACGGAGAGAGACUCGUCGUCUACGACUACCAACCUAAUGGCAGUCUCUUCAAUCUGAUUCACGGGUCAAGAUCAUCAAGGGCAAAGGCGCUACAUUGGACAUCAUGUUUGAAGAUUGCAGAAGACGUAGCUCAAGGCCUAUAUUACAUCCACCACCAAUCAUCCGAAUUGGUCCAUGGCAACCUCAAAUCCACAAACGUCCUCCUCGGACAAGACUUCGAGGCCUGUCUAACCGAUUACUGCCUCGUCCUCUUAUCAGACUAUUCGGACAAUGACGACUCCUCGUCCUACAAAGCUCCUGAAAUCCGAAAAUCAGCCCGGAGACCCAGUCCUAAAUGCGACAUAUAUUCCUUUGGAGUCUUCCUCUUUGAGAUUUUAACGGGGAAAAGCCCGUCUAUGCACCCGUUCAUGGCGCCUCAUGAUAUGUUGGAUUGGGUCAGAGCGACGAGGGAAGAAGAGGAGACGUCGGAGGAAAACGGGCUGGACAUGUUGACGGAAGUGGCCUGCCUUUGCCGUGUGACUUCUCCUGAUCAAAGGCCUACAAUGAGGCAAGUGAUCCAUAUGAUUCAGGACAUAAAAGGACAGCUGAAUGGCUGAGGAGAAGGAACGACCCCUACUUCUGAAAAAAAGAAUGUAUUAUUAUUUGUCAGUUACCUACAAUCAAUCAGUAGUCAGACGAUCCACUCAUUUACUUUGAUUGGAUAGUUACAACCGAUCAGAUGGUUAUGUCUGUGAGUUGCAACCAUCCAUAAGCACAUCUGUCUUUUAUU